AUGGCUAGCGCCGCCGUCACCGUCCUCAAGCCCAACGGGCCCAUCCCCGGCGCCCAGUCGUCGGAGAACUCCAACGAGCUGCCCCGCCCCUACAAGUGCCCGCUCUGCGACAAGGCCUUCCACCGCCUUGAGCAUCAGACGAGGCACAUUCGCACCCACACUGGCGAGAAGCCCCACGCCUGCCAGUUCCCCGGCUGCAGCAAGAAGUUCUCCCGCUCCGACGAGCUCACCCGCCACUCGCGCAUCCACAACAACCCCAACUCGCGGCGCGGUAACAAGGGCCAGCACCACCAUCAGCAGCAACUGCACCACCAUGUUCAAGGACUACCCCCGCACCUGCACCAUGAGGGCAUGAUGGCUCCUCCUCCUGCGCCCAAGACCAUCCGCUCGGCCCCCGGCUCGGCCCUGGGCUCGCCCAACGUCUCCCCGCCGCACUCGUACGCCUCGUUCGCUCAGCCUCACCACCCGUCGAGCGUCCACGGCUACAACCGCAGCGGCGACAUCUCGAUGCUGGCCAAGGCCGCUACCCAGGUCGAGCGCGAGACUCUCGCCGCUCCCACAAGCCACCACAACGCCAGGCACCACCCGUACUACAACCAUGGUAUGCCCGGCUCGAGGGGCCACCUGGCAGGACUCUCCUCGUUCCAUAUGUCACGAUCUCACUCCAACGAGGACCACAAUGACGACCACUACAAUGGUUCCCUGAGGCACGCCAAGCGCUCGAGGCCUAACUCGCCCAACUCGACUGCGCCGUCCUCGCCCACGUUCUCGCACGACUCGCUCUCCCCCACUCCGGAUCACACCCCGAUCGCCACGCCAGCUCACUCGCCUCGUCUUCGCCCCUUCUCGGGCUACGAGCUGCCGAGUCUGCGGAACCUGAGCCUUCAGCACAACACGACGCCUGCCCUGGCGCCCAUGGAGCCCCAUCUGGACGCACCCCAGUUCCCCCCGACGCUGGGCGCCAACACCACUCGCAGCCCUGGCAUGUCUCUGUCGGACAUCAUCAGCCGCCCGGAUGGCAGCCAGCGCAAGCUUCCCGUGCCCCAGGUCCCCAAGGUGGCGGUCCAGGACCUGCUCUCCGACAACGGAUUCAGCAACAGCGGUAGGAGUUCGACGACGGGCAGCCUCGCAGGAGGUGAUCUCAUGGACCGCGUCUAG